CUUCUCUCUCUCUCUCUCUCUCUCUCUCACUUUAAUUUUCUACUUAUCUCAUUGAAGAGUCCGCCUUGUGUUGAGGCAUCAACUCCUCUUUCAUGCUGUUUAUGUGUUAGCGUUUAUUAGGCGCCCUCCCAUACGCGUCCCACCACAUUGUUUUCUCUCUCUCCAUAACCUCUCUUCACCGUAAUCUCACCCUCGAUCAGCUGCCAUAUAUAUACAAUACAAGCCCACCUGUCUACAUAUAUACCUCUUAUAUCGCAUCACAUUCACACCGAUACCAUCUGUAACAAUGGCCGUUCAAGCUCAAUACCCAUCAAAUGUUCUGCUCCUAAACAGAAGCGCAAAAGAAGGAAAAAGUUCGAUUGGCAACGAUUAUUCAUUGCAACUACAGCCAGGAGGGGGUGAAAGAGGAGGGUUCUUUGAUCAAUCCCAUAUGUUAUUCAACAAUGGAGUUCUAGGGACUAAUCUUUCACGCAAAAGAGGAAGAGAACUUACAACUACAGAGACGAUCAAUACAUUAGUCUCUAUGCAACCUCAGGCUUCUCAGCUCAUAGACCGCACUCAGCUCCACACCCCACCACCAAAUAUCGUCUCCACCGGUCUCCAGCUAGCUUUUGGAGACCAACAACGGCAACAACAGCAACCCCAACACCAACACCAACACCACCAUCGCCACCAACAACAACAACAACAACAACCACAACAGUCUCUCUCAUCUCAAUCCUCUGUUCUGAAAUCCCUAUUAUCAGAAGAAUUGGCAACCCAAAUCAAACAACAAAGAGACGAAAUCGAACACUUCCUCCAAACCCAGGGUGAACAAAUGAGGCGCACAUUAGCAGAGAAAAGGCAAAGCCACUACAGAGCGCUGCUUGGCGCAGCAGAAGAGUCGGUGGCAAAAAGGCUUAGAGAAAAAGAGGCGGAAGUAGAGAAGGCGACGCGUCGAAACGCCGACCUUCAGGCGUGGGCAGCGCAGCUGAGUGCGGAGGCGCAAGUGUGGCAGGCGAGGGCAAGGGCGGAGGAGGCCACGGCGGCGAGGCUGCAAGCGCAACUGCAGCAGGCUAUAAUGAGCGGCGGGUGCGCACAGCAACAGGAUAGGGAGGAAGGUGGAGGAGGGAUGGGAUGUGCAGUGGGCGAAACGGAGGAUGCGGAGUCGGCGUAUAUUGACCCGGACCGAGCCGUGGUUUGUAGUGGACCGAGUUGCAAGGCGUGUGGGAAGCGAGUUGCCUCGGUGGUGCUGUUGCCGUGUCGGCAUUUAUGCGUGUGUACAGGUUGCGAUGCGGUGGUUCAAGGUUGCCCCGUUUGUUUUUCUUUCAGAAGUUCGAGUGUUGAGGUCUUCUUUUGUUAGAGGCCCAGGCCCAGGUCCAGGCACGUUUCCCAGUCCAGUAUGAGGUGUCAGUCUGGCCCGAGAUCACGAGGUGGGCCCCUCAAGAUGAAAAGUAGGGAGGGUGAUUGGAGUUGGACAAAAACACAAGAAAAUAAUAAUAACAGAAAAAGUUUUGAAUAUAUGCUCUGUUUUCUGUCCCUGGAAAAUCAAAAUUUUAUAAUUUCUAUACAUUUUUUUUUGUCUGUGGG